AUGCCUGCAAUAGCUUUUGACAUUGAUGGAGUGGUAGUCAGAGGUGAAACCAUAAUUGGAAACUCAGAUAAAAUGAUCAGCUUAUUGCUAAAGGAAAGAGAGGAUUCUAAGAAGAAUAUUCCAUUUAUUUUGCUAACUAAUGGAGGGGGCUUUACUGAAGAAAGAAAAGCCUAGUAGAUGAAUCGUAUACUUAAAUUUGAUGACAAAGAAUUGAAAAUUGACAAGAAAAAUAUAUAACAGUGCCACACACCCCUUAGUGAUCCAAAGCUAGUUGAGAAAUACAGGGACAAGUAUAUUUUGAUCAGUGGAUACGAUGAGUCUCUAAAUGCUGCUAUUGCCUAUGGGUACAACAAGGCUAUUCAUGUUGACGAAUUAGCUGCUGUCUACCCCAAAGCUGUUCCACUAGACAUUCCAAUUUUACAUCCAGAGAGAAUAAGAUCUUUUGUUAGAGAUUUAGAGACUAGAUUGGGCAAGACAAUGGAGGAAUUAAAGACAGAGUUGCAUUUCUCAGCUAUAAUGAUAAUGAAUGGAGUCAUUUAUUCUGAUCUAACAAUACAAUUGUUUUCAGAUAUCCUUGCUAGUACUGAUGGCCAUAUUUGUGGACCAAGAAGGACGAAGGAUGAUCCAUAGGUAGUUGAUCUAUUUAUGACAAACCCAGAUCUCGUGUGGCCUUAUCAAUGGCCGAUUCCAAGAUAUGGGCCAAAAACAUUCCUAAUUGCUUUAUCUGCUAUAUUUAAGGCUUACUAUGGUCUAGAUAUUGAAUACUUCUAGUAUGGUAAACCCGAGAAGUUGACUUAUGACUAUGCUGAGAAUUUACUUAAUAAUUUAGCUGAGGAGCAAGGGGUAGAGAUAACACGCUAUUACAUGGUUGGAGAUAAUCCUGAUUCGGAUAUCGACGGUGCUAAUAGGAGAGGAGAUAAAUGGGUGUCUAUAUUGGUAAGAACAGGUAUUUUUUAAGGUUUGGAAAAUAGUGAUAAACAUCCUGCCAAGUACGUAGUCUAGGAUUGUGAAGAGGCAGUGAACUUGAUUUUUAGAUUGGAAAAUUUAAGUUGA